AUGUCAAUCUCCCGCGGACCAUAUCGUUUCCUUUCCCUUUCGGCAGCUCAGGUUCAAGCGCGGCGCGAACUGCUCGAUCUGCGCGGGACGAUUGCCCAAAUCUCUGCUCUGCUUUUGUUGCUGGCUGCCAGUUUGUAUUGGCGUGCGGUCUCUGCUCACUCACCAGCAGCAGGCGGGAAGAAAACGGGGAAGAACUGGUUUGAUUCCCCGCCGGUCAAGGGAUGGAGGGAGACGAGGAGGCAGUAUUUGCUUACGCUGGCGUGGGGAGUGUGGCUUGUGGGAUUGUCUGCGUGGCGGACCGAUGACGACUACCUUCACCUCACCAAAUCCCUCGCGCACACCGCCAUGGCCACCAUACCCAUUCAAGUUCUCUUCGCGCCAAAGCUAGCCUCACGGUCAAAUUUCGUCCUUCGCCUUUUGGGUGUCCGGCAAGCCAUUUUCACGCCCUACCACCGACUCUACGGCCGGCUUGUUCUUUUUCCACUCCUCACUCUCCAUGCCAUCCUCUACAUCACAUUCUUCAUGCGUCAAUCUCUCCUCGCCAAGCGCUCCAGCGACGCAGACGUGCAGUGGGGGAUGGCUGGGAUUAUCCUAGCAUGGGCUAUCUGGUCCAUGAGUUCUGGGGGAAAGACCUUGACAAAACGACAGUUUUAUUUGGGUCAUGUGGCGAUGGUGAUGGGGCUUUUGGUUGUGGCGUAUUUCCAUGUUGUGCAUGUGAGAAGACUGCCUGAAUCCAGCACGGGUUUUAACGGCUGGGUCAACGGAUCUUAA